AGAGCUGUGCGCCUGGCAGCCGAGACUCCACCCGCCGAGGUUCCGAAGUUGAGGUUCCGCAGCCCAGACUCUGCAGCCGCUGUGCAAAGUGAUCUCUCUCUUCCUGACUUUUUCCUGUUUGCGACCUUCUGAGAUGACGGUUGUGCGUGCAGUGGCAGCUGUCCGGUUCUUGGUCGUGCUUUCAACGAUGGCUCUCUGCAGCCUCCCUCCGCUCGGAGUCAGCGCCACCUUGAACUCAGUUCUCAUCAAUUCCAACGCGAUCAAGAACCUGCCCCCACCGCUGGGUGGUGCUGGGGGGCAGCCGGGCUCUGCUGUCAGCGUGGCGCCCGGAGUCCUCUAUGAGGGCGGGAACAAGUACCAGACUCUUGACAACUACCAGCCCUACCCUUGCGCGGAGGAUGAGGAGUGCGGCACUGACGAGUACUGCUCCAGUCCCAGCCGCGGGGCAGCCGGCGUGGGAGGUGUACAAAUCUGCCUGGCUUGCCGAAAGCGCAGGAAACGCUGCAUGAGGCACGCUAUGUGCUGCCCCGGGAAUUACUGCAAAAACGGAAUAUGCAUGCCCUCUGACCACAGCCAUUUACCUCGAGGGGAAAUCGAGGAAGGCAUCAUUGAAAACCUUGGCAAUGACCACGGUGCCGGGGAUGGAUAUCCCAGAAGAACCACACUGACUUCAAAAAUAUAUCACACCAAAGGGCAAGAAGGCUCUGUCUGCCUCCGAUCAUCAGACUGCGCCACAGGGCUGUGUUGUGCAAGACAUUUCUGGUCCAAGAUCUGUAAACCUGUCCUUAAAGAAGGUCAGGUAUGCACCAAGCACAGGAGGAAAGGCUCCCACGGGCUGGAGAUAUUCCAGCGCUGUUACUGUGGGGAAGGUCUGGCUUGCAGGAUACAGAAAGAUCACCAUCAAACCAGCAAUUCUUCCAGGCUCCACACCUGCCAGAGACACUAAAACCAACAGCCUAAAUGCGAUGGACUCUCUUAUCUAAUAUAUGCUAUGAAAAUCCUUAAUGAUUUGUCAGCUCAAUCCCAAGGAUGUAGGAAUCUUCAGUGUGUAAUUAAGCAUUCCGAUAAUACCUUCCGAAAACUCUGGAGUGUAAGGACUUUGUUUCUUGAUGGAACUCCCCUGUGAUUGCAGUAAAUUACUGUGUUGUAAAUCCUCAGUGUGGCACUUACCUGUAAAUGCAACAAAACUUUUUAAUUAUUUUUCUAGAGGUGCUACAUUGUCUCGUUUCUCUUGCAUGUAAAUUUUUUGUACACGGUUGAUUGUCUUGACUCAUAAAUAUUCUUUAUUGAAGUAAUUUCAGUUUACAGUUCUUAAAUGUGGAACCCUUUCCACUUUUGUCUCUAGGGUGCAGAACGCAAGGAGUUUUUGGAAUAGUCAAUGAUAGGCAUCUAAAAUUUAACCUGAAAAUGCUCAUUUAUUUCCUGAGAUGUACUCUCUUUGCUUAGAUAUUCUCUCUCUCUCUCUCUCUCUCUCUCUCUCUCUCUCUCUCUCUCUCUCUCUCUUUCUCUCUCUCCUCUCCUCUCCUCUCUCCUUUCUCUGUCUCUCUCAGCUGUGAUAGUCCUUAAAAUAAAAUUUAACAUUUAGUAAUCAUGAAGUUACAAGCAUAGAUACAUUUGAGGCUGUGUGUGUGUGUGUGUGUGUGUGUGUGUGUGAGAGAGAGAGAGAGAGACCAAGACAGAGUCAGAGACAGAGAGAGACAGAGAGAGAGCUUUUUAAAUGAUAAGAUAUAUUGUCUAUGUGUGAGUUACUUUAAAGAGAAUGUAUUCUACAUUGAUAAACUCAAAUGACUUUGGUAAUAUGGGUUUGAAUUUGAUAUUACUACUUUCAAAACUACUAUUUUACUAUGUGUGGUUGGUGCUUACGCCUGUAAUCCCAGGGUUCUGGGGGAUGAGGCAGGAGGAAUGUCCAUGAAUUCAGGUCCAUCCUGGCCAACUUAUGCUAUAGGGUAAGGUUCGAUUUCAAAAAUGCAUCAACAAAAGAUAGUUAACAGCAAAUUAAUAUUUCCCUAAGUGACCGACAGUAAUUGGAAGGGUGGGAAUGUGACUUCAAAUAAUGGGCAGAGUUCAGAAGAGAUUAUGUGGAAGGAAACCCACCAACUUAAGCCAAAUAAUUAAUUCUGAAUAUUUUAGAUACUCUGACAUGCUGAAGAAUGGUCCCAAUUACUUUGAUUUAAAAAUAAUUACUAAACAAUUAUAAAUUCUAGAAUGUAAUACCUUUUCUUUUCUUGCCAAGAAAUUAUUCCAUUUUUUGCUUCGCCUGUACUGCAUUGAUUGGAAUGAGUAUGGCUUUAU